GAACCCUAACCCCCUUAGAGAAGCCGCUUUGGAUCAUCUGCUGUAUAUACGAUCUCUAAAUGGCGGAUUCUGAUUCUACACCAUAUUCCUCUCCUUCGCCCACUGCUGCUGCUCCUCUGUCGUCGAAAAAGGAGAACAUCGAACCUAUUGGCUCAAAGAUUGCUGAAUUGACUGAAUCGCGGUUGGAGCUUCUUACUAGAAUUCAAGGCCUGAAGCAGGACUUACAGAAUUGGAGGUCGAAGUUAGACACUCAAGUGAAGGUCUACCACAAUGACCUUUCAGAGCUCAAGAAAUCUCUCAAUGUGGAAGUGGAGCAGCUUAGAUCGGAAUUUAAAGAACUGAAGACCACUCUUCAACAACAACAUGAGGAUGUGACAGCCAGUUUAAAGAAUUUGGGGUUGCAGGAUUUGUCAGAAGAGGCCAAGGGGGAGACCCAAGAUACACAUACAGAAGGGAACACUGAAGAAGUUCUUCCUCCAAUUCCAACCCUGGUGGAGAAUGACAAGGAAAGUUCACAUUAGAUUGGUAUCUCGAUGGACUGUUCUCAUCUUGUUGGCAGAUGUUCAUCAGU